AAAAUACACGGAAGCUUGUUUUCCGAGGUGAAAUUAACUAGGUCGACGCUCGAUAACCGUAGACCGAUUGGAUUACAUGGUUGUCAUCGAACCCUUCCGUGUAAUUGGAGUGGUGGAGAAGGAUUGACAGCUUGGAACUUGAAAGGUUUCCCUGUUGAAGAAGACACUGACUUUGUUGGAACAGUUCCCUUCAUGCUGACCUUUGUUUGAGGAGAUCGUGUCUGACUUCACCAUGGGGAUAUGGAUGGCCAUCUUGUACAUGCUGCUGUGUGGAGUGGUUCUAACCCUGGCAUAUGUUUGGUACAUGACUCGUAAAUAUGGAGUAUUCAAGGAACUCGGCGUGAAAGGACCCAAACCAGCUCCUGUCUUGGGACAUUUCCAUAUUUUGACUUCUGAGGGAGCAGUGGUUGCAGAGAAAAAAUGGUAUCGAGAAUACAAGAAGGAUAAAGCCUUUGGGAUAUUUGAAGGAGGCUACCCAAUGAUGUUCAUCACUGACAUCAAUAUCAUGAAGGAAGUCCUCAUGAAGAAGUUCCACUGCUUCGUCAACAGAAGGGCGUUUGAAGGGGUGAAUGACUACCCACUGAACUAUGCUAUGACAACAAUACAAGACGAUCACUGGAAACACGUCAGGAGUCUGCUGUCUCCAACGUUUAGUUCAGGAAAACUCAAAAAGAUGGUUGGUCUGGUUAACAAAACUUCAGAUAAUCUGGUGCAAAACUUCAGGGUCAAGGCUGAGUCUGGAGAGGAAUUUGAAGUGAAAGAGUUGACUGGUGCGUACACCAUGGACACCAUUUGCAGCACAGCAUUCGGCAUUGAGAUCGACUCAAAGAAUGAUCCAAACAAUGCUUUUGUGACGGGAGCCCAGGCAUUUUUUAAACCAAAGGUCUGGCUGAUUAUCCUGAUUUUCUUCUUUCCAUUCCUUGCUCCAUUGUUAAAGCUGUUGAACAUAAGCCUCUGGCCGAAGAGUCUCACCCAUUUCUUUGUGAAGGUCACUGAUGACGCCAUCAAACAGCGGAGAAGCAGUACCCAGAAAAGUAACGACUUCCUCCAGAUGAUGAUAGAUGCAGAGGUUGGUAGUGAGGAGGUAGACAAGGAGAUUGAUCAUAGCGACAGUCUGAUGACGUCGCAGACCUGGAAUAGCAAGGGCUUGACAACUAAUGACAUCCACGGCCAGGCUCUCACCUUCCUGAUCGCGGGAUACGACACGACAGCCACCACCAUGGCUUUCCUGAUCUACGAACUGGCCCUGAACCCGGACAUCUGUGAACGAGCCAUCCAGGAGGUGGACAGGGUGCUGGGAGACAAUCAUGAUGUUUCCUAUGAGCAGUGUGCCGAGCUUCAUUACCUGGAUAUGUGUGUCAGUGAGUCACUCCGACUCUUUCCUCCAGCAACCAGGUUCGACCGGCACUGCACUCAGGACGUUGAGGUCUGCGGGAUCAAGAUCCCGAGUGGGAUGGACAUAGCGAUCCCUGUGAUUGCCAUCCACUAUGACGAGGAGUACUGGCCAGACCCAGAGAGAUUUGAUCCAGAAAGAUUCACCCCUGAAGCAAAAGGAAAACGCAAUCCUCUUGCAUAUGUGCCAUUUGGUGCCGGCCCUAGGAACUGUAUUGGGAUGAGACUGUCUCUAAUGGAAGCAAAGAUUGGGAUUGCCAGACUUCUGCAGAACUUUAAACCAAUCAGGAGUGAGAAAACUCAGGUUCCGAUGACAUUCAAGAAAAUUGGUAUCCUUGAAGCGGAAAAUGGAAUCUGGGUGAAGAUGCUUCAGCGACAUAAGUAAACUGCUAAGUGAAUCUUUAAAAAGUCAUUGAUGCAACGCCUCCCAUACUUAUGUUUCAUCAAUGUGGGUCAGACUUUAGUUGUAGCAACUGCUUUAGUUCCAAGGGGGAAUAACGCUUCACCAAAAUGAUCGUAGUCACUCCAGCUUGAGAACUGUGUAAGAAUCUACACAGAAACGUUGCUAUAUGCAAUAAGCCAGAGGUUGUUAUCCAUAAAGUUGUGUUUUCUUAUUUACUCACCGACUUCUAGAAUACCAAUCAAACAUGUACUUACGUUACCGACAUCAAAUUCUUUAUGCACUGUUACACGCACAUACACUGAUAUGAGACACAAAUAAUAACCUAAAUAUUAUAGUCAUGAGAUUAACAAUCUUUUCUGGAAUUUAUACUAAAUACACAUUCAAUCAAUUUUAUCACCUCUUCUCCAGAACACACCUUUGAUUUUUAUUAUCUCGUUAAGCUAACAGUUCAUCUCAUUGUGGGGGCACGGGUGGCCCAGUCAUCUAAGGCGCCGCGAUUCACUGUGCAGAAUUGUGUGCCUUGGGCAUACCAGAAACCUAUGAUUGUGGGUUCGA